GUCAAGUGGAUGCGGAUAUAUCGUUAUAUGAUUUCGAAUCAUUUUGAAUGACGAUUUGGCGGUUCUGGCACGAGUCGGGCGCGGCCGCGCGAGCGCGAUCCGUCUAUUUCGGAUGAAUCGAAAUCAUUUUUCGAUGCACCAUGUAAGGAGCGCAGGGAACAGUCUCUUGGUUAAGUUGUCUCCCGUUUCGCGAUAAUCGGUAAAACGUGUCAAUGUCGGUGACUGUGUGCGUGUGUGUGUUACCCCAUAUACAAAUACACAUCAUUUGUAAAUAUAGUGAUCGAAAAGUGACCGAAUACACACGUUUCUUGCAUAUCAGUUAUAUCCGUUUGAUGACGAAGAGACAAAGAGUGGGGAAUCUAUUUAUAAAAUAGAGAUAUGUGUUUCAUGUCGCAACAACGCCCGCAGCCCCAUAACGGACAUACGACACUAAUUUAUUAAAAUAUUCUUAUUGAACGUGCGCGCGCGACAUCCCAAGAUAUCGUGUACUUCUUUACUUUUUGCAUAUCGAGGUUAUAUUUAAAUUCUCUUCCAUCUCUGGCUCUCUUUCUCUCUCUCUCUCUCUCUUUUUCUCGGAAAAUAUCAAUUUUGUAAUGAAAAUAGGUGUGCAGACAUGUCUUUCCGCGUGGUGCGUACCAGCAAGUUCCGCCACGUGUAUGGAACUUCACUAAAACGUGAGCAAUGUUACGACAACAUUAGAGUAUCGAAAUCAUCGUGGGAUUCGACAUUUUGUGCCGUGAAUCCCAAAUUUCUUGCCAUUAUCGUAGAAUCUGCGGGUGGCGGUGCCUUUAUCGUUUUACCGCACAAUAAGGUAGGAAGAAUACCAGCGGACUAUCCUUUAGUAGGUGGACACAAAGGACCUGUGUUAGAUAUCGCAUGGUGUCCUCAUAACGAUAAUGUCAUAGCUUCUGGUUCCGAAGAUUGUGUUGUCAAAGUAUGGCAAAUACCUGAUGGAGGUAUUUCUAGGACAUUGACCGACUCGAUAGUAGAUUUGCAAUUACAUCAACGCAGAGUCGGUUUAGUGCUAUGGCAUCCAUCUGCGUUAAAUGUGCUGCUGACAGCUGGUUCGGACAAUCUUGUUAUUAUCUGGAAUGUUGGUACAGGAGAAGCCUUACUACGCAUCGACUCUCAUCCAGAUGUAGUUUAUUCCGCAUGUUGGAAUUGGGAUGGAUCUCGAUUAGUUACUACAUGUAAGGAUAAAAAAAUUAGAAUCUUGGACCCAAGAUCGGGUGAAAUAUUAGAAGAAGCCAUAGCGCACGAAGGAAGUAAAGCGACUCGUGCCAUCUUUCUCAGGGGUGGCUUGAUCUUCACGACAGGUUUUAGUAAAAUGUCGGAAAGACAAUAUUCUUUGCGAGCUCCCGACAUGUUGGGCGAGCCGAUAGUUAUGGUAGAAUUAGAUACAAGCAAUGGAGUUAUGUUCCCUCUGUAUGACCCUGAUACAAAUUUAGUAUAUUUAUGUGGCAAGGGUGAUUCUGUGAUCCGAUAUUUUGAAAUUACACCCGAACCGCCCUUUGUUCACUAUAUCAAUACUUUUCAAACUCCUGAUCCUCAACGAGGUAUAGGAAUGAUGCCAAAACGGGGCUGUGACGUUAAUAGCUGUGAAAUAACCAGAUUCUAUCGAUUAAAUAAUUCGGGCUUUUGCCAAGUGAUAUCUAUGACCGUGCCGAGAAAGUCUGAGCUUUUUCAAGAAGACUUGUAUCCUGAUACUCCUGGUGACACUGCUGCUAUCUCAGCAGAAGAAUGGGUAUCUGGCACCGAUGGAGAGCCUGUAUUGAUAUCCCUCAGAGACGGUUAUCAGCCGUCCGCUUCCAAGAACGAACUUAAAGUACAAAAGAAAUCUAAUAUAUUGAGUAAAGGAGCCAAGGUUGCGUCCAAUGUCGGGCAAAAUACUGCGCAAGUUUCGUCAGACGCUUGUGAAGAUUUAUUGAGAGAAUGCAGGGAAGAAAUAAGAAUUAAAGCCGUAAUUGUGAAGCAUGAAGGAAGAAUACGAGUGCUGGAAUCGGCGGUUGCUCUUCAAAUGAAAGAGGAAGAAAGAAAAGAAAAGUCGGCUUCUCCGGGUGGCAAAGAAACGCUCGCUUCUGACGAAGUGUAAAGAUUUCCAAAUUUUGUUUUCAACAAGAUUUCGGUGUGAUGUUGCAUUCUUUAAUGUGAAAAAAUAUGUAUUUUUCACUAGAAUCACUAAUAUCCUAUAAGAAUGGUCGUAUAUUUUGAUAUAACAACUUGUGUAAAUAGUAGGUUUUAGCAAUACCGUGUGUCUUGACUCUCUGCAACAAUCUUUGCUAUUUAUUGUACAUCUACAUUCAUCGUACAUUCUUUGCAUUUGUUAUGUUUACAUAUUUUACUAUUAUAUAUAUAUAUAUAUAUAUAUAUUUUAAAGGUGUUGCCAUACACGAUAUAAUGUCUCUAGAAUAAGUUUUUGCUCCAUAUGAUAUAGCAUACGAGAUGUAUAUGAACCUUUGUACGAAUACUGUUUCAUGACGUGCGCGAGAGUGCCUAACUUGUACAGAUAUUUGCUGUUAAAUAACAAAGAGUAUUAUUUUGUUUCGA